CCUCUCCGCUCUGAGAUCUGAGGCUUGACGAUACCCUAGGCUACAUCACCAUAAUACCCGGCCUGCUCUCUGUGGUCAAUCCCACACGCAACUUGGACGGACGCAGCAUCGGACGCGUCUAACUCUUCGGAGGUAACGCGUCGGAAGACUCUUCACGGGAAGGGAAGCCUCGGCACUGGCAGCUCCAAGCAUUGAAUCCAGUUACCGGUCGCUAUGCAGCCCAAGAGCAAACACCACCUACAACGGAUCCCGACAUGGGUCGCGCUCUCCGUCGGUAUCAUCGUCGGGCUCUUCAUCUCCAAAGUUCUGACUGGAGAAAGGUCGUCAACAACAUGGAGAGGCGGUUAUGCUCCGGUGAUACCCUCGUCACGCUCACCAACACGACAACCCAUCACCCUCCCCACAUUACCCCAACGCCGACGUGUGCUUGACCUUCUCACCCACCUCUCUCCCCAUUACACAAAAGAGUGCACAAGAAAUGCCCAGCCUAUGUACAAGGAGCAAGCGAUGGAACGCUAUGCAGCCCUCAUCGGCCACCAAUCCCCAUCCUCUUCCUCGUGGCUCGAUGCCCUCGGUCUCGGAAGCAACGCAGACCUAGGUUAUACGCCGUCGUCGGCCCACCAGUUCGGCCCCGACGCGCACAAGUACUUCUUCGCCAUCAACCUCUACAACUCGUUCGACGUCAUCCCCGACCUCUUCGCCACCCUCUUCCGCGUCGCCGCCAUCCUCGGCUACCACAACGUCUACGUCUCAAUCUACGAAAAUGGCUCGACUGACCAGACGAAAGCGCUCUUGCGCAUUUUCGACGCGCUCUGCCGGAGCGUUGGCAUGCGUGUCACUAUCCGGACGUCCCAGCGCACGCGAGGUGCGUUCAACCAUCGCAUCGAGUACCUUGCCGAGGUGCGCAACGCUGCGUUCGUGCCGCUGCACGAGCUACGCGAUACGCAGAACGAAUACUUUGACACGAUCAUCUUCAUGAAUGAUAUCCUCCCUUGUGUGGACGACCUCCUGGAGUUGAUCUGGCAGAGCCGGUUGAACAACGCUGGCAUCACGUGCGCCGCGGACUACAUGUAUCAUGCAGAGCUCGGCUCUCCAGUCUUCUACGACAACUGGGUCGCGCGCGAUAUCAACGGCACCGCGCUCGAAAACGAGCCCUUCGAGUCCAUCUUCCUGCACGGGCCCUCACAAGAACGUUUCAUGCAGCACCUCCCGCUCCAGGUGCAGUCAUGCUGGAACGGCAUCGCCGUGCUCGACUCGGCGCCCUUCUACACCCCGCCGCACGUCCGCUUCCGGAUGGCGCGCAUCGCCGAGGGCGAGUGCUCCGCGUCCGAAUGCUCGCUCAUCUGCAACGACUACUGGGAGGCGGGGUACGGGCGGAUAUUGAUGGUGCCGCGGGUGAAGCUCGCGUAUGACCGCCGCGUGUGGGAGAUCAUUCACCCCGACCGCCGGAACCUGACCGCGAUCCGCGGGUACGUCCGCCUCGGGGGCCUGCCCGACAACCCGCGGACGGACCCGCAGGACCGCGCGUGGUUCGGGCCGCACGACCGCCUUUUCACCCAGGAGGAGAGCGUGCCGAUCGACUUCAAGCCCGGGCCCGAGUACGUGUGGUGCUGGGGCUGGGACGGGGCGGGGGACCUGGACGGGCCGGACGUGGAUCCGAUCUGGGAGAGGAUGUCGAACAAGUCGACGCGGGCGGACGCGGUGAAGGUCAGGCACGACCGCAGCUUGCUCUACGUGUAGGUGCUGCCACUCUAGGGCAUGGUGGAGCGGUCUUCGCGUCGUGGAUGUCUUCGUGUCGUGGGGUCCUGAGGGCCCGUCUCGGGGCCUUGCGUGCCUGGGCAUGGACGAGGGCGGGUGUGGGCGGAUGGAGAACACUGCUGAACCAUAGAACGCACUAUGUAUAUACGUACACUGCACACAUCGUUAUCUUUCAUUUGCUGUCGG